AUACUGGAAAAGAUCAUUAAUUAACCACGUAAAUGGAUUCUCCUGUAUAAAAAUGGUGAUUGACACAACCUGUCGACACAGGCAAGUUUGUCGAGUAUAUUAUAAUUUGCCUUGUUAUAUAUGAAAGCUUAAACGUGCCCUUGAUCCAUCGAGUUCCCCACUUGCACCAGUCCUCAGUGUCUCUCACACAACAAUAUUUAUCAUUUCCAUGGAGACAGUCAAGGAAGAUAAUCUCCAAGAAUUUCUACUCACCCUUCCAAGUGAGAAAAACUGGGAUGGUACUCCCCUCCUUCUUUUCAAUGAGACCUGGUAUCCAGCCAGCUCCAUUAGAGGUGCAGUUUCCUUUCAACAAAACUUCAGGGCACAAGACUCCGACAUAAUAUUAGCAAGCAUGCCAAAAUCAGGUACUACUUGGUUGAAGGCCCUCACCUUCUCGGUUGUAAGCCGUGAUCGCUACAGCCCCAAAGAGAGCCCCUUAAUAACUGCCCCACCACAUGAACUGGUACCUUUCCUUGAGGUGGAUCUUUACUUGAAAAGCCAGAACCCAAAUCUUGAUUUUCCUCCGCCAAGAAUUCUUUCUUGUCACACACAUUACACGUAUCUGCCAGAGUCCAUUAGAGACUCCAACUGUAAAAUUGUGUACGUGUGCAGGAAUCCUUUGGAUCAGGCUGUUUCUGAUUUUGUUUUUGUUCGAGACAGAGUAUCAGGCAUCGCAAACCCUUUAUCAUCAUCAUUAAUUGAUGAAGGUUUCGAGAAUAUUUGUCGUGGUGUCCAGAGUUACGGACCCUUUUGGAAUAAUGUGUUGAGCUAUUGGAAAGCGAGCUUGGAAAGACCAGACAAGGUGUUGUUCUUGAAGUAUGAGGAUCUGAAAGAGGAUAUUAUCUUGAACUUGAAGAGGUUAGCAGAGUUCUUGGGCUUUCCCUUCACCGAGGAAGAAGAGAAAGAAGGGGUUAUUGAAGAAAUUUCAAGACUCUGUAGUUUUGACAAUCUCAAGGAUUUGGAAGUGAACAAAAAUGGUGUCCGCCCUUCUGGAACGCGAAAUAGUGUCUUCUUCAGGAAAGGAGAGGUGGGAGAUUGGGGCAAUCAUCUUGGUCCUUCCAUGGCUGAACGUUUCUUGAAGAUCGUGGAAGAAAAGUUGGAUGGAUCUGGUUUAACCUUCAAAAUCUCUCAGUAAGUGCUACCAAAUCAAGAAUCGCUCUGUCAAACUUCCUGCUUUGCCCGAGUCUUGAUCUCUUCAGAAAAUAUCAGAACUUAUGUUGUUUUGUGC